AUGGCUGUGCAAAAGAUUUUGGAGAUCACAGGUGAGAGGCCCAAACUGGAACUACCGAUUGUUAACUUUCCUCCAUUCAAGCUGAGGGCAUGGCUAAUAGAGAAGGAUCCUGUGGUUUGGGCCCAUCUGCUGGAAACCUAUGUUCAAUAUUUUAAGUUUCUUAACCACGGUAAUAACAUUGAAGAUUUAAAUGAAUCCACACAUGAUCAUCUGUGCAUAUUUUUGAGAACGUAUCUUAAGGAAAUGGCGGAAGAAGAAGGUAAACUUCUGAGUCUUGGUGCUAAUAGUGAUGUCACAAAACAAUUGCAAUUACUGCGAACUUGGGUUUUUGAACUUAUUAAGAAGUGUGGGUUAAUGCAUUUUCAAUUACACGGUGAAACCAUCUGGAAUCUGGUGAAAUAUUACGCAAACAGAAAUCCAAAUUCUGUAAGGGCACUGCUAGAUGGUUCAUUAAAGCCGCAAAUAAAUACUACAAGAACGCAACUGAAUUGGGCUAAACAGAUACAAACACACCUGAAGAUGCUAUUAGAAACUGGUAAAUUUGAUAGAAUUGAUUUGAAAUGUUUUGAAAGUUUGUUGGGUGAAGGUGAUCAUACUAAAAGUAAUUUUAACAGUAGUUUCCUAACUACUAAUUGGGUGGAGACUUUAGAACAACUAUGGAAUAAAGGGCAGGGAAGAUCAAGUGAAAUCGUUAGGCAACUAAUGCUAAUAUGCUUAAUAACUUCACCAGAUAAAGUAAUUUCCAAACUACUGAAAGAUCUCGAAAUUUCCAAUAUAGAAAACCUAGUAAUGUACCCACUUUUGGGAUCUAUAAUUUUGAAUAAGUCUUACGAGAAGUACAAUAAAUCAUUGAAAAAAGAUUUCCCAUUUUUGAAUGUCAACAUGUCAGUCCCAACAUCACAAUACGAAGAUAUCGAGGAGAAUUAUCAGAUUGAUCAGAACAAUAUAGAUUCUAUAAAAGAGAUUUUCCCUGAUCUUACGGACUAUCAAGUUGAACUACUUUUGGUCAAAUUCGAGAAUAAUGUUGAGACUUUGACAGAUGCGCUUUUUGAAGAUCCAACAAUUGUUGAAAGUAUUCCAAAAGAAAAACCAAAAUCAAUAAAUACCAUCAAGAAACCAUUAUCUGGACCUAGAUAUCGCCGUGAGAGAAGGAAAUCUCAUGAAGAAAGCGAGAUUAUUUCAGACAGACAUGUGCCAGAUGAAUUGAGGAAUAAAACUCUAACCAGAGCUUUAGAGUUACUUUAUGAAAAAGAUGAAGAUGAACAUGACGACACCUAUGAUGAGUCUGAAGUAAAUCAUGCUAAUUUGGCCGAAAAGAUUUCACUCGAAGAUGAGGUAGAUAAAACGAAAUCUACUAACGAAACAAAUACCAAUAAGAUACAAAGUCAAUUUGAGGCUAAUGAGAAGUACUUAUGGGAGCUACUAAAGAAAGACAAGGAAAUAUUUAGCAGGUCAAGAAGGGGAACAAAGGAAAGAAAGAACAUUAAGAAAGAGACAAACUGGUCAGAUGAACAAAUUGAAGGUUGGGCAAGAAUGCUAGAAAGAUCGCCUCAAAGAGCUAGAAUCCUUGAAGAGAAGUAUAUGUUCAGAGGGAAUGUUAAAAGAGGGAAAACUUCCUAUGUUAAGAACCGCGACGAAAAUUCUGAUAAUGAGGCACACACCCGCCCACCUAAGUCUAAUAAUAACAGAGAUAGAAAGAACCCCCAAUCAACAAAAGAAGAUAAUCAACAAACACAACAAAAAAGUAAGAAACAAUUUGCAAGAAAUGAGAAAAACAAGGCUAGCAGAGCGAACCACAAUAGAAAAGCCGGAAAUAUGAAGAAGCAAGCUAAAGCUGGGUUAUGA